AUGAGUGCUGCCGCUACGACUUCGAACCCUCGAGAGCAGGCCAUCAACAGUUAUAUUGCUAAAGUGAAGGAACAUAGGGAGUACGAGGCCAGAUGCAAGAAACUUCGAGAGCAAAUCAAAGAGGUUGAGAAGGACUUUGAGACAUCUGAGGACCACCUCAAGGCUCUUCAGAGUGUCGGACAAAUAGUAGGGGAGGUCCUCAAGCAGUUGGAUGAGGAAAGGUUCAUCGUGAAGGCUUCUAGCGGUCCGCGUUACGUC